CUGGUGGAUAUCGAAUCGAAGGGAGAUGGAAAAGGCUUCUGCUACGGAAACAGCCGUGCCCUUUAUCAACUGAUACGAUCGAUUGGCCCUAGGAGAGCAACGGUCAGCGAAACGAUAAGUGAGAAAGAUGGCUCAUUAAUUCACUCGCAAAAACGUCGACUGGAGAGAUGGGCCGAACACUUCGAAGAGCAGCCGGGUUUCUGGAUUGGGGUUAGCAGGUGGCCAGCUGAAUUGUUGUUCGAAGUACUGUGCCCAGCGAUCCAAAUGUUCUGCUUUGCUGCAUAUCAGGGAGCCAUUUUGGUCCCUGAUUGUUUCACUGACAAGAGGUUUCCGAGGACCAGUCGAACGAAUCAACUGGAACAAUUUGCGCACGUUUCCAGCAUUCUUUGCAUCUUCCAUUUCUUCGACCUUUCGGGUCCACCAAGCUUCUCGGUCUGCGCGGACACUCAGUUUCACCUGGCGUCGGGUGAUGUGCCGGAUGGAGUUGUGGUGGCGAACAGGUGGGAUUUAUGCACCAAUUUACCAGCUCGCGCGUGCAAUGCGCAGCUACCUAUCCCUUCCCCCAAAUCAUCGGUGAACGAAACUGCGGCAGCUACAACCAGUCUUCUGAGCAGCCCUCGUAUUCAAGCCAUACAAACCCAUCAGAACCAACCCUUCCCAUUCCUGCCUGCCGGUCCGAUUUCGGAUGUUGACGCUCACUGGAGGCAGAUAUCGAUAACUGUGCAUAAUGCCGAGACUCCUAUGUGCGAUACCAUUCAGCUAACAUUUUCCAGUCAUUGGAUCUCUGGUAGGACCUUAGUUAUGCUGGUUGCCAGGCGACAAAUUCAGUUCGGUUCAGUUUAUCGUGUA